UGCAUUGUUUUCGAUUUGACAGUACUUAGUCGUGACCGUCGAGGGUAGCAGUGGGUGGACACUGCCCUAGUAAUCUUUCCUUCCUCCCGAGACAAUUGUCGAGACAGCUUGCCUUCGGAUGACAUAUUUGUUGUCUCCCGGAUAACAUCGCCUGUCGUGCCUCGGUGAUAAAGAGGAAGAAGCAUUGGUAUUUGACAUACUGAAUUACAGGAGAAACGUCGUUUGUGGCUAAGCUAACCCAGCUAGCUAACUACUGGUAGCAACGAGUGGGGGUGGAUUGCUUUUGGCCUUUGUCUUAUUUCACACAAAAAGGAAAAGGGGAAAUAUGAUGUCUAAUAAUGGCGACGACGGGUAUGUGUAAAGGAGAAAGACGUUUUGGAAAGUAAAAGUCGAUGGCAGAGACGCGAGGACAAAACAGUUUGUAAGUCAGCUAGCUGCUGAGCUAAUCAAGGAAGUUGACAACACACGAGCCAUUACUGCAAACUAUUCACUGUGCGGAGGGGGCAGGUGAACGUAUGUUAUGGCCUUUUAAGAUACUAACACUCGACUGUUAACGUUAACGUUCCUGUCACCAAGCGGAGAACAUCAUUUGAUAGACGGGAUUGCCUUCCCAACUCGGCUAUUACUGAGAUUCGCUCAUAGCUUGCAGUAAACAAAGGGUUCCACCGGUCUUCACCAUAGGCUCCACUGUAACAUUCACCCAUCAUUUACUCACACAAUUAAGUGACCGGAGAUGGAUCUGAAAACGGCAGUAUUCAACGCAGCCAGGGACGGUAAGCUCCGGUUACUUCAGAAACUACUAGAGAACAAAGAUGGACACGAGGUGACCAAGCUGAUGGGAGAAAAGACCAACGGAGCCACCCCACUUCUGAUGGCCUCACGGUACGGACACCUGGACCUGGUGGAGUACCUUAUUGAGUGCUGUAGCGCGGCGGUCGAGGUCGGGGGUUCGGUGAACUUUGACGGGGAGACGAUCGAGGGAGCACCCCCGCUGUGGGCUGCGUCGGCAGCUGGUCACCUGAAGGUAGUCCAGUCCCUGCUGGGCCAUGGGGCCUCGGUCAACAACACAACAUUAACCAAUUCAACCCCCCUGAGAGCGGCCUGUUUUGAUGGCCACCUGGACAUUGUGAAAUAUCUGGUGGAGCACAAGGCAGACCUUGAGGUGGCUAACCGACACGGCCACACUUGUCUAAUGAUCUCCUGUUACAAAGGACACAAAGAAAUAGCGCAGUAUUUGUUGGAGAAAGGUGCAGAUGUUAACAGGAAGAGUGUCAAAGGCAACACAGCCCUGCAUGACUGUGCAGAGUCGGGCAGUCUGGAGAUCAUGCGGAUGCUCCUGCAGUACGGGGCGUCCAUGGAGCGUGACGGCUACGGCAUGACGCCACUGCUCUCAGCCAGCGUCACCGGCCACACCAACAUCGUGGACUUCCUCACCACGCACCAGAAGACGAGCCACAGGGAGAGGAUUGACGCCCUGGAGCUGUUGGGUGCAACGUUUGUAGACAAGAAGCGCGACUUGCUGGGUGCUCUAAAGUACUGGAAGAGGGCCAUGGACCUCCGCUACAUAGACAGUAAUAACAUCGUCCAGAAGCCUGAGCCCAAGCAUCUGAUCAUGGCAUACGACUAUGCCAAGGAGGUCACCAACGGAGAGGAGCUGGACGGCCUGAUUUCCGACCCCGACGAGAUGCGCAUGCAGGCCCUCCUGAUCCGAGAGCGGAUCUUGGGACCCCAGCACCCGGACACGUCCUACUACAUCCGAUACCGCGGCGCGGUCUACGCCGACUCGGGGAACUUUGAGCGCUGCAUCAACCUGUGGAAGUAUGCACUGGACAUGCAGCAGAGCAACCUGGAUCCCCUCAGCCCCAUGACGGCCUCCAGCCUGCUCUCCUUCGCAGAGCUCUUCUCCUUCAUGCUGCAGGACCGGGCCAAGGGCGUCCUGGGCACCUCAGUGUCCUUUGAGGACCUCAUGGGCAUCCUGACCAAGAGUGUGCUUGAGAUAGAGCGGGCCGUCAAGCAAGUCGGGCCGACACCCCCUGACCCCGCCCAGCUGAGCAAGGCCCUGUCAAUCAUUCUGCACCUCAUCUGCCUCCUGGAGAAGGUGCCUUGCACAGCGGAGCAGGACCACUUCAAGAAGCAGACCAUCUACAGGUUCCUGAAGCUGCAGCCCUGUGGGAAGAACGGCUACAGCCCCCUCCACCUGGCGGUAGACCGGAACACCACCUGCGUGGGCCGCUACCCUGUUUGCAAAUUCCCCUCCCUGACGGUGGCCUCCAUCCUGCUCGAGUGUGGUGCGGACGUCAACUGCCGCGAUGAGGAUGACAACAGCCCGCUCCACGUCGCGGCGUCCAACGGCCACCCGGACAUCAUGAACCUGCUGAUCUCGGGCGGGAGCCACUUCGACAGCACCAACGCCUUCCAGCAGUCGGCCUGCGACCUGCUGGACAAGAAGGAGCUGGCCCGCAACAUCAUCCAGCCCAUCAACCACACCACCCUGCAGUGCCUGGCGGCCCGCGUCAUCGUCAAACACAGCCUGCACUACCGGGGAAACAUUCCAGAAAAGCUGGAGUCCUUCGUCCUGCUGCACAGAUAGUCUGCCCGGGAGGACGCCAUCGGGGUUUGGUGGGGGGGGGGUUAUUUGAAUUUGACGGGAGCUGACAAGCUGCACUGCCCCCUCCUCUAUCUUACAUGGUCGUCUGGGGAGAGGGGGCUUGCCUGGUGGAGACACCAGAGCGGAUUAAGACGCCUGCUCGCUAGUUGGGAUCCAACGCACCUCAAUGGAAACUUUCUGCCUCUUUGGACGGGUUUUAAACGAAAAAAAAAAAAAGACGAUGUCUGGACUGACCCAACGGAGCUGGAUUGGGUGUACCGUAUGUUCUGCCUAGUAUCUUCCAUGGCCACGGAGAAGGAUAGAGACUGGCCGCAGUCCUUUGGGAGCGCAUCACGAGUGGAUUAUGACAUGCAAAUGCGAAACAGUAUCUCUGGAUGAACUGCGCAACAGGGUUCAGUGUUCUUUUUAUUUUGUUCUUUUGAACAUAUUUUUAGUCAUUGUUCCAAAUUCCACGAGGCUAUUUAUUGAUGUAAUCUUGAGAGACGUAUCUCUUCCAUGGCCCGGAUUUGCAUUGAAUGUCACUGGACCUUUUCAAACGGAUGAGGAUGUGUCAAAUCAAGCUGUGACUUCAGGUUUUCCCCUGUCUUUUGGUUUGGUUUUACUGGUCCCACAGCUGUUGCCGGUAGCCAUGAUGAACCCUUUCCUCGAGGCAGUGGUUUCAGCAUCUCCCCCAUCCUGCUCAUUCAAUGCAUUCAUAGCUCAGUGGCUUUCAUGCGUUUGGACAUUGGCCAAGUGGCGUGGAUCCACACAGUGCAGAAAGUCCACCCUUUCUUUUUCUUAUGUUGUCCCCUUUUAUGUUGUGUAUAAACAAAGCUUUACCAGAAGGGUUGAACGUCUGCAAACACCAUAAGUGCUUUAUCCUUCCCUAUGCACAGGCCAGGCUGUUUGGAAAGAGAGACUGUUCUGUGCCGGCACUCGUCUGUGCAAUAUUUUCCUCUAUGAUUUUAUUGUUGGGUUUACCUCACCACUGCCGUUUUUCUGGUAUAGCCUCCAGCUUCCGAAAGGGGGAGGUGCAUUACAACAUGUGUGUUUGUGGGUGAAAGAUUGUGUGUGUGUGUGUGUGUGUACGAUUGUGUGUGCUUGCUUGAGUGUGGGAAUGCUGUCUGCCUGUUUUUGCAAAGUGUCUUUGAGCAUAAAAAAAAUAAAUGUAUCAAAUCAGCCCGGCUCUGGUGGGACGGCCGUGAUGCAGGACCCUAGAAACGGACUGCUAUGACAGGGGCCAGCUGUCUGCAUCCAUCAGCGGUGUGCAGGCCUUGUGCACUCAGCAUGACCUUUUUGUUUUUGUUAUUUUUUUCCUCCACGGUAAACCCCUGAACAUCAUCAUCGUUAUUCAGCAAGCUCAAUAGAAUGUCUAGAUGCAUGUGCAGGUUUGAGUACAUAUUCUCUCCUCGUUUUAACUACAGUCAGACUCCUUUCUACAGCGACCAGGCGUAUAUUUUAACAACCGUAAUGAAACAUUUUUACCAGAAUGCUGACAAAUCCACGUUCAUUUUCUAUAGCCAUCACUGAACUUUGAGCUAUCGAGGGAAGGGAUGCCUUGCUGUGAGAUGAGCUUUGUGAAAUAUCUUUGCACAUUAGCUUUAGGUGUGUGUGGUUUUCAAAAGGGCUUUUCGUAACUCGUAGGUUUCAUAUUUCAACUUAUUUAAUAAUUCAGAAGGUUCAAAACCAGAGAUAAAUUUUAUUGGGGGGGUUGGGAAGGGAGGGGGGCUACUCCAAGGGCAACUACCUUUGAAUCUGCACUUUACUACAACUAAGUUGAAGAUUUAAUAUGGCAUCAAUCAAGUUCAUGUUUUAAGAACCCAUUUGAAAAUAAACCCUUGUUGCACUUGU